AUAAAUUUGAUCUCUUUGAUUCAAAUAAGGUUACAUCAGGUAUGAUAUUGUUAUUGAUUUCUUUUAUUAACCUUUCCAUGGUUUUUAUGGUAGUGACCUUUGAAUUCUAAUGCUAUAUUGAAUUUUCGUGCGAAAAUCCUGUAAAUCACCCUUGUCCCCAGUGCCUUUGCGUGGCUUGUACGAAACUGUUUUUGUAAACAUAGUUUUGUUAAUAAUUGAGUGAGAAUGGAGAAGAACACAAAAAAUUUCAAUAUAAUUUUUUCUAACCUUUUAAGUUAUUUCGAUAAAGGAAAAGGUAGGUAAAUUUCGAAUCCUUUUCGAGUGCUUUUUCGAACGCACAUUUUAAAUUUACAUUGAAACUUUUAACGCGUGUUUUUAUGUUCAGCACAAUGGAGACUGAAAAGAGAUACAUGGAAGAAAAAUUUCAGGAAUGGUUGGAAGUUGAAAGGACUAAACGGAAUUCCGUAAUAAUGCCCGAACAGACUUAUAAAACAAUAAUAGAUUUUCUAUGUGGAAGAAUAGACAACGUUCCACGUGCUAUGAAAAGAAAACUGCGAAGAAAAAAAUUCCAAGUGAUGAGUUAUCCUACACUUGGUUUAUCGGAUGUUUUGUGCUCUCCAUUUCCCGAUGGCGAUUCUCCUCUGGGAAAAUAUCGUCGCGUAGCAACAGACCGACAGAUGUUUGACAUUAUCAAUAGAGUACACCGCCAAGAAGUUGGUCACCAAGGGGUUCAUAAAACGUUUGAAAAGAUAGCACGCACCUAUGAUAACGUUACUAGAGACGCUGUUGGUGCUUAUAUAAAGCUUUGCACAACUUGCUGUCUGAAAUCCAGUCAAAUAAAGAAAGCUCCAUUGAAGCCGAUUAUCACUACAGGAUUCUUACAGCGUGUACAGAUCGAUCUGAUUGCUAUGUUAUCCAAACCAGAUGCCGAUUACAACUACAUUGGCCAUGUCGUGGACCAUUUUAGCAAAUUCAGGAUAUUAUUUCCAAUGAAAGGGAAACAGCAAAUGAAUUUGCUUCAAACUUUUUUAGAAGUUUUUUAGCGACUUUUGGGUUACCAAAGAUUUUGCACUCUGAUAACGGUGCCAAAUUUAUCAAUCACGUAAUGGAUGCUGUAGCCGUGAUAUGGCCGGGUGAGGUGUCAUUUGUUCAUGGGAAACCGCGCCACUCGCAAUCUCAAGGUUUGGUUGAACAAGGAAAUAACACCAUCCAAGUGAUGAUUAGUGCAAGAGAAAAAGAGUCCCAAACUUCAACGUGGUCAGAGUGGCUUCCAGAGAUUCAAUUUAUCAUGAAUGCUUCAAUGGUGAGGAGUGUGAAAAAAACACCUUACGAAAUUUGUUCUUGGCCAGGAGCCAAAAGGUUUGGGUCAAAUUUCUUCAAGUGUACGGUCAGUGAAAGAGGAUAUUGUUCAAGAUAUCAUAGAAGAAUUGGAAGAAAAUGGUGCACAAGAUUUUGAAAAUGCUGAAACUGUGGAUUUUUUAAAGCACCCAAGUACAAGAAAAUUAUCGGAUUGUUCGGAAGAUGAGUUUGAAACAACAUGUCCAAAAAGACAAAAACUCAGACAAAAUGUUGUGGAGGAGGGUGUAAGAAACGCAGAAAUGAUGCGUAGAAUGUACAGCAAUGGAAAAAGAAUUAAAGUUGCUGAUUUCCUGGAAGGGGAUAAUGUUUCUUUGACAAUUCCAAAAGGUCUUAGAACAUCUUCGGAUUUAAAAAGAUUGCCAUGUGUGAUUGUACACAAAUCAGGUGGUAACCAACCAACAUAUAAACUCCUCUGUAGUGAAGGCACAAUUCAACGGCGUUACACGGCAUCCGCGUUGCAGCUGUACCCUCAACCAGUAAGAUACGAAAAAUUGGAAAAGGAAGAUCAAUUGCAUGCGAUCGCUGUCUUGUCUAGUGUCAUUUUAAAUGCUGCAAAUUGGCUGUAAAACCAUUAGGGGACUGGUUGUGCGAUCUAUGUUUACAUAUUGCAAAAAAAGAUUUCCAGCAGCGUCAACAACAAAGAGAAGCAGAGAAAGAAGUAGAAGACGAAGAAGAAAGGGAGAGGCAAUGGAGGAGAGAGUUAUUGCCAGUAUUAUACAAAAACGGUACCCUGGACUACCUGGUACAACAAUCGAAGCUGCCUGAAGUAAAUCCACUACUUCUGAUUAAACGUUCUGGUAGCAAGUAUCAAGCAUUUUAUAACGAAAUACUGGCGAAAAAACAUCCUCAAUUUUAUCACAAACUGAUGCGUCAUUCGGACAUUGCAGAGCCAACUGGAGUCAUCACCAAUUACAUUCGGAUGAAGUACCCAUGCGAAUUUGAUACAGGGAGAUUAUCGUUAACCCGCAUUCAGUUUUUGUUGGUACAAAUUAUUGAUAGAGUAAAUAAAAAAAGCGAUGUAAAGACCAUAAUGAUAAUAUAUGGUAGUCUUCAUCUGUU